CUACCACUCACAAAACGCGACUGUUAAAACAUGCAGAAGCCGGAUCUUAAGGUUUAGACUCCGAUCUUGAGUAAACAAGGUGAAAGGUUAUUCGCGGUCAACUUUUUUGUUGUGUCUGACGCAGCCUGUAUCUGGGACAAUAUAAAACGGUCUGCGGGUCACGUACACAAGGUAGCGGUCUGCAGACGUGGCACAGAAACAACUUGCGUUCCAAGUAACGUUCCCAGGCCAGCUUAUAACGUCUUGUGAACACGUAGCGCGGGUCCAGGUACAGCGAACGACCAUGGAUAUGGUGAUGUACUCGAGUGAUUUGGCGGGAAUCUUCGACAAGAUGCCGCAGAAAGAGAAGAAACACAAGCGCACAGGCAGCUACGAGACGGCUGUGCACGGGAAGCCGAGGGGCCACGAUCAUCUGCACCAUCUCCAGCGGGAGAGAGCGUACACAGACCCGUCCCACCACCGGGGAAACCACGGUCCGCAACACCGCCACAGGACCGCGUCCGAGUCGGCUACGGCCGAAGCUGGGUCGGCAGCCGGGCGGGAGAAACUGAUGGAGGGUGCCGAGGGAGGGGCGAGCGCGGGGCCCGGGGAGAAAGCCGACCACAAACAUCACCACGGGCUGCACCUGCCGCAUCCACACAUGCCACACAUGCACCUGCCACAUCCGCAUGUGCACCUGCCUCAUCCGCAUAUGCCACAUGUACACCUGCCACAUCCGCAUAUGCCACAUGUGCAUCUGCCACAUCCGCACGUGCCUCAGUGUCUCAAACCAAUGGACGACGACACGGAAGAAAACAAGGAACGUAAACAAGCGCAAUCAAUGCUACAGGCAGAAUAUUUCCCUUUCCCCUUCUAGGAUAUUAAUGCUAAGAGGUCACAGAUCGACAGCUGGCGGUGAGGCCAUAGGUUAACGAUGUCACCACGUUUACAAUUCCACAAGUCAACACCUACUACUACUGGGUGCUACUGAGGCUUGGCAAGAGUAUCGCAUUCCUAGCCUUGAGCCCCUCUCACACAUUCACGAAUUUGGUCUCCCCGAACGCUAGCCGAACGCCCCACAACCGUGGUCGGCGCAAAGUCGGCUAGGUCGGUAGUUGGUCGGUGAAUUCGGUCACUAUUCGGCUGCGAAUGUUUCAAAAUGUCUCGAGCUAAAGCAGUCAGGGGUUGGUCGGAAGGUUUGAAUAUGGUUGGUUGGUAUUCGGCUAUAAGUCAGUAGAACACAGUCAACAGUGUUCGGUGGUCAAAGUUCACUCAAAGUUAACUCAAAUUCGUUUCGAUUCGUAAAAUCUUGUCAGACUUCGGGGGAAAGGUCGUGAUGUGAAACAGGGGCUUGACGUAUACGUUAUUGAAUGAGCGACCAAAGAAAAAGAAUUAUAAAGGAACUAUUGUUUCAUUCGCUGGUAUGCUUUGUUACCAAAGAGUUAUUAAACGUGGAAGGGACGCCAUGUUUGGUUGAAAGAGAAUUUGAACCAAACGAAUAAGUUCUUGAACUUUGAUACUAUUAACAAUAAUUUCGCACUGAAUACACUCAUGUGUAAUAUACAGGUUUAUUAAAGUACUUCAAAGUUAUACCUUUUGCGGAUAUUGUAUCUCAAGACUAGUAUAAGGCUCCUAGAAUAGUUAUGAAUGGGUUUGAUGUCAUGAUUUUUGUGAGGCUGCUUUGACCUAAGGAGGUAUCUCUUUAAUACGAUUAGAAAUCAUUGUAUGACUAUUUGAUUGUUCAUGUGUAACAAUGUACUUAUGACAUGUUCACAUAAUGUAUGAUACCUCAUUAAAAAGCUUCUGAAAUUCAUAUGACUAAAUAUGACAUUUCAGGUAAUUACAUUAUAAUUAACAAGCCAUCUUCUCAAGGAGUACAAAAAUGUAUAAUGUAAUAACUGUACAUAGGGCAUUUUCAAAUGUUUGUAUCGAAAAUAAUUUUUGAAAUGCUGUUGCAUGUAUGUAGUGUAUGUAAAUUAUGUCAAUUGUAUGUAUGUAUGUAAUUACAUGUAAUGAGCUACAUUUUAAGCUCAAAUUUGAUGUGUAAAGGAACUGUAACAUCUUGUUGUUGCGCUUUCAAUUUUUAAGUGAUACUUUUUAAGUUGAUUUUUGAGACCUGUUUUGUUGACAGAGAGAGACAUGUUAUGAGACAAUGGAGUCUUGUUGGCAGUCUUGGAGUCUUGUUUUAAUAUAAUGCUACACAAUAAUUGAAACAUAGGAAAUACUACUAGUAUGUGCAGUGUUACUUCUUUUGGUUAGCACUCUAGUUUAUACAAUAGGAUCUUGCAUGCCACCACAAAAUACUUAAGGUA